AUGAGACUCCUCCCGCUCCUCGUGGGUUUUUCCACUUUGUUGAAUUGUUCUUAUACUCAAAGCUGCACCAGAACGUGUCUUCCAAACGCAAAAUGUGAUAUACGGGAUGGAGUGGAAGCCUGUUAUUGCAACAUCGGAUUUUCAGGAAAUGGCGUCACAAUUUGUGAAGAUGAUAAUGAGUGUGGAAAUUUAACCCAGUCCUGUGGAGAAAAUGCUAACUGCACUAACACAGAGGGAAGUUACUAUUGUAUGUGUGCACCUGGUUUUCGAUCCAGCAGUAACCAAGUCAGAUUUAUCACUAAUGAUGGAACCAAAUGCAUAGAAAAUGUGAAUGCAGACUGCUAUUUAGAUAAUGCCUGUAUUGCUGCAAAUGUUGAUAAAAUUUUGACAAAAAUUAGAAACAUAGGCCAACUUGUGGCUUUACUACAAGAUGUCUAUAGGAAUUCUGUGAAACAUCUUUCACCAGUGGAUAUAACUACAUACAUAGAAAUAUUAGAAUCAUCACCAUUCCUUGGUUCCAUGAAUAGCACUAACUCAGACAAGGACACCCUUUCUAAUUCAACUCUUGCUGAACUUGUGAAAACUGUGAAUAAUUUUGUUCAAAAGGAUACAUUUAUAGUCUGGGACAAGUUAUCUACAACUCAUAGAAUAACUCAUCUUACAAAGCUGAUGCAUGCUGUCGAACAAGCUACCUUAUGGAUUUCUAAAAACUUCCAAAAGACCACUCAGUUUGAUACUAAUUCAAGUGAUGUAGCUCUCAAAACUUUCUUCUUUGAUUCACAUCACAUGAAAUAUAUUCAUCCCAAUAUGAAUGUGGAUGGAGAUUAUAUAAAGAUAUUUCCAAAGAGAAAAACUGCAGAUAAUACAGACGGCAAUGUUGCAGUUGCAUUUUUAUAUUAUAAGAGUAUCGGUCCCUUGUUUUCAUCAUCUGACAACUUCUUUUUGGAACCUCAAAGUUAUGAUCAUUCUGAAGAGGAGCAAAGAGUCAUCUCUUCAAUAAUUUCCGUCUCAAUUAGCUCAAACCCCCCCACAUUGUAUGAACUUGAUAAAAUAACAUUUACAUUAAGUCAUAUAAAGACCACAGAUAAGUACAGGAGUCAAUGUGCAUUUUGGAACUACUCCCCUGACACCAUGAAUGGCAGCUGGUCCUUAGAGGGCUGUGAGCUAACGUACUCCAAUGAGACCCACACUUCUUGCAGCUGUAAUCAUCUGACACAUUUUGCCAUUUUGAUGUCUUCUGGUACUUCCAUUGGUAUCAAAGAUUAUAAUAUUCUUACAAGGAUCACUCAACUAGGAAUAAUUAUUUCUCUGAUUUGCCUGUCCAUAUGCAUUUUUACCUUCUGGUUCUUUAGUGAAAUUCAGAGCACCAGGACAACAAUUCACAAAAAUCUCUGCUGUAACCUAUUCCUUGCUGAACUUGUUUUUCUAGUUGGGAUCAAUACAAAUUCUAAUAAGCUCUUUUGUUCGAUCAUUGCUGGUCUGCUGCAUUACUUCUUUUUAGCUGCCUUUGCAUGGAUGUGUAUUGAAGGCAUCCAUCUCUACCUAAUUGUUGUCGGAGUUAUCUACAACAAGGGAUUUCUGCACAAGAAUUUUUAUAUCUUUGGCUAUCUCAGCCCAGCUGUGGUGGUUGGAUUUUCAGCAUCAUUAGGAUAUAGAUACUAUGGCACCACCAAAGUGUGUUGGCUUAGUACAGAAAACAACUUUAUUUGGAGUUUUAUAGGACCAGCAUGUCUAAUCAUCCUUGUUAAUCUCUUGGCUUUUGGAUUUAUCAUAUACAAAGUUUUUCGUCACACUGCAGGGUUGAAACCAGAAGUUAGUUGCUAUGAGAACAUAAGGUCUUGUGCCAGAGGAGCCCUUGCUCUCCUGUUCCUUCUUGGCACCACCUGGAUCUUUGGGGUCCUUCAUGUUGUACACGCAUCCGUGGUGACAGCUUACCUCUUCACCAUCAGCAAUGCCUUCCAGGGAAUGUUCAUUUUCUUAUUCCUGUGUGUUUUAUCCAGAAAGAUCCAGGAAGAAUAUUAUAGGUUGUUCAAAAAUGUCCCUUGUUGUUUUGGAUGUUUAAGGUAA